AUGGACAUUCUGCUGGAGCAUUAUGGUAUUCAUAAUUGGUUCCAUAAUCUGUGCUGUUGCGCCCAACUCAGCCGUCCUCAUAUUCGGAAGAGCUUUUCAAGGCAGAAAGUGCCCCUGUUCAUCUCCUUCAUAUCUACCAUGUACAUGGUUGCCUCUAUAGUGGGCCCUGUUCUAGGGGGCGUUUUCACCGAAAGCAGCUUGACCUGGAGGUUCUGCUUCUGGAUCAAUCUUCGUGAGCUUUCCCGUCUUCCCUCAACCCGCGGUUUUAUCCUGCCUAUGAUUGUAGCACAAGUGCUUUCAGAUUAUUAUCAAUGCGUCGUGCUAACAUUGCCGGUCCUCAAGCCAUCAGUGUCGUCUGUCUCGCCUUCACGUAUGUUGGCUUCCAGGAGCCAGCUAGGGAGCAUACAAACGUCACAUUAA